AUUAAACGAAUUAAAAUUACCAGCCCUUGAGUGUUUCUAUAGUAAUUUAAGAAAAUCUGGUAUAGAACAAUGUGAAUAUGAUCAUGCUAUAAAAGUAUGGGAUACAUUUAAAAUUCAAAAUCUUUGUGAAUAUAUGGAAUUAUAUUUAAAAACAGAUGUAUUGCUUUUAGCUGAUGUAUUUGAAAAUUUUCGUAAGGUUUGUUUAAAAACAUAUAAUUUGGAAUGUUUAAAGUAUUAUACAGCCCCAGGUUUAGCCUACGACAGUUGUUUAAAAGUAUCUGGAAUUACUUUAGAGUUAUUAACAGAUAUUGAUAAAUUAAUGUUUAUAGAAAGAGGUAUUAGAGGUGGAAUAUCACAAUGUAGUAACCGAUAUGGGAAAGCAAAUAACAUCUUUAUGGGAAAUGAGUAUAACCCUACCCUACAAUCAUCAUACCUUAUGUAUUUUGAUGUAAAUAACUUAUAUGGUACAGCCAUGAGUCAAUUCUUACCUUUUGGCGAUUUUCAGUGGGUAGAAAGUAUUGAUUUUUAUUCUGAAAAUAUAUUGAACACCCCUAAUGAUUCUAAUAUCGGUUAUAUACUUGAGGUUGAUUUAGAUUAUCCCACAAAAUUACAUAAUCUUCACAAAGAUUUACCUCUAUGUCCAGAGCGUAUGGUAUCACCUAUAAAAUCAUCAAAACAAAUGAAACUCUUAACCACACUAUUUAAUAAGAAAAACUACAUUAUUCAUUAUACAAAUUUAAAACAAGCAGUAAGUUUAGGUUUAGAAAUAAGUAAAGUUCAUAAAAUUUUAAAAUUUAAUCAAUCUCCUUGGUUAAAAAGUUACAUCGAUUUAAAUACACAAUUAAGAAAACAGAGUAAAAAUGAUUUUGAGAAAAAUUUUUAUAAGUUAAUGAAUAAUGCAGUUUUUGGUAAAACUAUGGAAAAUGUAAGGAAAUAUAAAGAUGUUAAAUUAGUUACACAAUGGGAAGGUAGAUAUGGUGCAAAAUCUUACAUUUCCAAACCAAAUUUCCAUAAUCUUGCCAUAUUCAAUGACAGUAUGGUUAUUAUAGAAAUGAAAAGGAUAAACAUUAAAUUUAACAAACCAAUUUAUGUAGGAUUCAGUAUUUUAGACAUUUCAAAAACCAUAGUUUAUGAUUUUCAUUACAACUACAUUAAACCUAAAUUUAAUAACAAUGCUAAAUUAUUAUAUUCCGAUACAGAUUCCUUAAUAUACCACUUUUUUGUUGAUAAUAUAUAUGAACAUAUUAGAGAGGAUAUAAAUAAAUUUGAUACCUCUGACUAUCCAGAAAACAAUCAAUUUAAUAUUCCUUUAGUAAAUAAAAAAGUAUUAGGUUUGAUGAAGGAUGAAAAUAAUGGAAACAUAAUGGUUGAAUUUAUUGGUUUGAAAUCUAAAAUGUAUACAUUUAAAACGUUACAAAACAAUGCAAAUAAAAUUGUUAAAAAGGAUAAGGGAAUAACAAGUGCAUCACUAAAAACAAUUACUUUUGAGAAUUAUUAUGAAUGUCUAUUUAAUAAUAGCAGUAUGUCUGUCAAAGAAACAUUAAUUCGGAGUAAAAAACAUGAGGUGUAUACAAUAGACCAGAAAAAAAUUGCUCUAACUCCAUACGACGAUAAAAGAAUUGUAAAUUAUAUUACAACAGAUACACUUCCCUGGGGUUAUAUAAAUUGUUAGAUUAAUCCACUUACUUUAUUUAUUUUUUUCUUUUAUUUAACCCCUUAUGUUGAAAUUGAAACUAGAAAAACAAACAGUUCUAAAAUAUGUUAGAACAACACCUGCAGCAUAUGCUCCAGUUAAGGGUUCAGCUAGAUCAGCUGGAUUCGAUUUAAAAAGUAUAGAUGACUGUAUAAUACCAGCAAGAGACAGAAAUAUAGUAAAUACAGGUUUAAAAAUUCAAGUACCUAAAGGGUGUUAUGGUCGAAUUGCACCCAGAUCUGGACUGGCUAUAAACAAUUUCAUCGAUGUUGGAGGUA